AUGGCACAAUUGCUCGCUGCUUGCGACCUCAAAAGCCUCAAAGUUCCUCCGGAAGUCUGCAAGGGAUAUUUGGAGUCCAACGCGCCUACAUUGCUGUGGGUGAUGGCCCAGUCUAUGGACUUGGAUCUGGAUUUAACCUGUGCAAUGUUCCUUGGGGCUCCGCGAUGCAAUAAUGACGAAAUCCCGGACUCAACCUGGCUUGUUCCGCUUCCGGAAGACAAACCCCCGAAGAAACCCAUCAACAUUCCACCGAACCCGGUGUCGGUGGAAAUGUUGCACAUCACCGACAUGCACUGGGAUCCAGAAUACGUGGAAGGAUCCGAAGCAAAUUGCAAUAGUCCAGUAUGUUGUAGAGGUGCUACGAAUAUCGGACACAUUCGACAGCCCGCGGGCCGCUGGGGCGACUACAAGUGCGACACGCCGAUGGACGCCAUUAUCGAAAUGUUUGCAGAAAUAAGAACCAGGCAUACGCGACUGGAGUUGGUUAUUUUCACCGGUGACAUCGCACCACACGACAUUUGGGCUCAAACGCGACGAUCAAACUCAGAACUGACACAAGACGCCACUCUCAAAUUACUGCGUGGUUCUUUCCAAGACCUGCCGAUUUUCCCAGUCCUGGGAAACCACGAAACCUUUCCCUCGAGCCUGUUCUCAUUCCGCGGGCUCGGGAUCCCAUUGGGUUUGUCCACCGACUACAUUUACAACCUCGCUUGGGAACUGUGGAGAGACUGGCUGCCUCCGGACCAAGAGGACAACGUGAGACGUGGCAGUUAUUAUUCGGUCGUUGCCAAACCUGGGCUCCGAGUCGUCGCCAUCAACACGCACUACUGCUUCAAAAUGAACUGGUCUUUAUCGUUUAUCUGGGCUGGAACUCCUGAUCCCAAUGGACAGCUUUCGUGGUUAGUCUCCGAGUUGCUAAAGGCGGAGAAGGCAAAUGAGGCUGUUUAUAUUAUCGGACACAUUCCACCGGGAAAUCAUGAAUGCACUCCGGUUUGGAGUCAUAAUUAUGCUCGGAUUCCGAACCCAGUGUCGGUGGAAAUGUUGCACAUCACCGACAUGCACUGGGAUCCAGAAUACGUGGAAGGAUCCGAAGCAAAUUGCAAUAGUCCGGUAUGUUGUAGAGGUGCUACGAAUAUCGGACACAUUCGACAGCCCGCGGGCCGCUGGGGCGACUACAAGUGCGACACGCCGAUGGACGCCAUUAUCGAAAUGUUUGCAGAAAUAAGAACCAGGCAUACGCGACUGGAGUUGGUUAUUUUCACCGGUGACAUCGCACCACACGACAUUUGGGCUCAAACGCGACGAUCGAACUCAGAACUGACACAAGACGCCACUCUCAAAUUACUGCGUGGUUCUUUCCAAGACCUGCCGAUUUUCCCAGUCCUGGGAAACCACGAAACCUUUCCCUCGAGCCUGUUCUCAUUCCGCGGGCUCGGGAUCCCAUUGGGUUUGUCCACCGACUACAUUUACAACCUCGCUUGGGAACUGUGGAGAGACUGGCUGCCUCCGGACCAAGAGGACAACGUGAGACGUGGCAGUUAUUAUUCGGUCGUUGCCAAACCUGGGCUCCGAGUCGUCGCCAUCAACACGCACUACUGCUUCAAAAUGAACUGGUCUUUGUUUAUCUGGGCUGGAACUCCUGAUCCCAAUGGACAGCUUUCGUGGUUAGUCUCCGAGUUGCUGAAGGCGGAGAAGGCAAAUGAGGCUGUUUAUAUUAUCGGACACAUUCCACCGGGAAAUCAUGAAUGCACCCCGGUUUGGAGUCAUAAUUAUGCUCGGAUUGUGAAUCGGUUCGAAAGCACCAUCAAGGCGCAGUUCUUUGGACACACGCAUCAUGACGAGUUCUCAAUUUAUCGAGAUCCGAAGGAAUUGAGAAGGGCCACAAAUAUUGCUUAUGUUUCUCCAAGUAUUACUGCUUAUAGAAAACUGCAACCGAGUUACAGAAUUUUCCAUUUGGACGGAAGACGUUGGGAAUCUUCUUGGGCGGUUUUAAAUCACGAGACGUGGAUUUACGACCUCAAAGAGGCGAACAUGCCGGGAAACACGCCGAAAUGGGUUCAACUUUACACAAUGAAAGAGCGAUUCGGAAUGCAGAAUUUGCAUCCUCAAACAUUCCUGAAUUUGACAAUGGGACCGAUUCGAAGCGAUCCAAAAGUCUGGGAGACAUAUCACAGGAUAUUUUGGAGUAACUCGGCUGCAGUCGUUCCGUGCGAUGCACAUUGCAAGAGGAAACAUCUUUGCAUGAUCCUGAAUCCAGACACGAGCUGGGCUCUGUUUUGUUUGACCUGAAUAUCAGAUUCCGUUUUAUUCAACUUUAAAAAAAAACACACCAAAAGCGACACUAGCUUUUUAAAGAGCCCGAAAAGAUAAGGUCAUCUGAGCAAUGGAGCUUCGAUCAUCUUCCCGUUUCCUUCCUUUUCCUCACGGUAUCAAAUUGAAAGUAUUUUCUUUCGCUUUUCGGAGCGAAUUCGAGCUUGCAACCGCCAUAAUUCACGAGCCACCAUCGGCAAGUAGUCUCCAUCAAUUGAUGAACCCAUCGAAAAGCAGUGGACAGAAUAAAUGUCGGGGAAAGAAUGCAGCAUUUUUUCCUGUCAUUGCUGUGCUGAUUUUGUAUCAGUCCCUCAACGUCUUGCCCACCCCUCCUGGAAAUACAAAUCAUUAUCAAGACGAGUCAUUUUGAAAAUUCGUCUGACAAAAACGGAAAGAAAGCAAUCUUGUAAACACAUUCUGUGAAAAUAUCGAACCAACGCAAAGUUCCUAUUCAAGCGACAUCUAAAAGAUAAGGAAAAAUGAUGACCCCCUCUUUCUUCGCCUACGAACAUAAUGUUCCUAGAUGUCACUCGUUCAAGACAAAAUUCAAGUUUUGGCAAGAAUUCAAGGAAUUCGAUUGAAUACAAGUUCAGAAUCGGCAUUCGGAAGACAAUUUAGCGUAAUAAUGGCAGUAAAUAAAGUAUGUGAUGACCUCAGUACUAAGUUCAACAUUAUUUGAACAACAUACCGAUACAUGAAUAACCUGUAACGGCAACCUGAACCUAAUAAAUGUUCGUUCAAGAUGGGUUUCGCCAACUCUUUUGGGCCCGCGGACCAGCAAAUUUCCGAAGAAAUUUUUCGUGGACUG